AACGUAGCCAAUAUAUCUAAAAUGUGAAACUGUGUGAAUUAAUAAAUUUCAUUAAUGUAGUGCUUCUUCAGGUUUAAAAAUUUAAUGAUGGUGGCCGAUUAAUUGUUUGUACAAGUGAGAUUUCAUCGAUUCUUUCAAAAAUUAACCUGAAGUAUCAGUAAAUUCCCAUCAUUACACUAUGACAUUAUUUUGUUUAACUUUAUCUCGUUUGUUUUUCCCCCAUUGAGUUUGUUGCCGGGUCUUCUCAUUUGGUCGCGAUUUUGAUCCGAUUAUAGAUUCAGAGAAACUGCUCUUACUAGGCAUAAUGUUAGCAAGUUCUCUCAAACUGAGCCCCGUAAGCUUUUUUAUUAUUAUUUUUUUGCUUAGAUGUGUGGACGUGCUCGUCACCCAUCUGGUGUUAAGUGGUUACCGGAGCCCAUAAAUAUCUCCAACGUAAAUGCGCCACCCACCUUGAGAUAUAAGUUCUAAGGUCUCAGUAUAAUUACAACGGCUGUCCCACUCUUCAAACCGAAACGCAUUACUGCUUUAUGGCAGAAAUAGGCAGGAUGGUGGUACCUGCCCGUGCGGACUUACAAGAGGUCCUACCACCAGUAAUUACGCAAAUUAUAAUUUUGCGGAUUUGAUUUUUAUUACACGACGUUAUUCCAUCACCGUGGUAGUCAAUCGUGAACAUUUGUAAAGUUCGUAUUUCAUUAGAAAAAUUGGUACCCAUCACCGGGAUUCGAACUCCGAUGCAUCGCAAGAUGUCCACCGAACGUCUUAUCCUUUAAGACACGACGACUUCAAACUCACCUAUCCGCCGCCGCGUAGUUGGUAUUGCAACAGAAUUUAAGAAGAAAAUACUUGGACUGACUUGGCUUAAAGGUCUGGUUACCAGGCCUAAAAUCUUUAAAAGAACCUUAAAAAAUCUUUUUCUUUUGGUUUCCAUGGCAGCGAUUUUCUAAACAAAAACUUUUCUAAUGAUUAGGUAGGCGCACACUGAAAAACAGCAGUUAAUACAAUUAAGAUAAUAAUUUCAUACUUUUCUAUGACUGACUAAUCCUUUUUUUAGUUUCCUAGGUUUAUUAACUCAUUACAUUAUUUUCAUAUAGUUUUCUUAUGAUUGUCUUCGAUUACCAAGGUGUUAACUAAAACAAGAAGCUGAAUCAAAAUUAACCGUUAGGGCCAAUCCGGGCUAUUCUCUAAUAAUUAUUUCCGAUAAUGAACUUUAACAUGGAUGAUCCACUAGCAGGAAUCCUGAGUGACGGCAGUGAUGAUAGUUUUUUUGAUGACGAUAUUUUGGGCAAGAAAAAGCCUGCAAAGAAAGCGAAUCCUAGAGCAACAGAAAAUAAAAAUGCUUUAUUUGAAAUAGAACAAGCAGGCAAGCCUGCUACAAAACUGAAGCCCGAUAUUGCCACUAAAGAUGUAUCAUUGGAGUUCAGCAAAGAAGACGCGAGGGAAACAAAAUUAAAUACAACAUCACCCGGUCCUACGAAACGCGUUUCAAAAGAUUCGUUCAAAUUGCAGCCUCUUGAGACAAAAACAAAAACUAGUGAGUUUACUCCUAAAUCACCAGCAAAGGCGACUGCUUUGAAUAUUUUAGAUUUAUUGGACGAACCAAAGAAUGACAGAGUGGCACCAGAGAAGGGCAAGAGUAGCCAAUCUCUCUUAGAUGAUAUUUUGGGAGGUCCAACAUCAAAAUCGUCUAACGUUACAAAAAAUCGACCAGCGACCACUGUAAAUACCAACUUCGAUCUAGAUACGUUUCUAGGGAACGAAGAUACAAAGCCACCUUCUAACAAGGGUGUUCUUAAAAAGCCAAAUAAAACCGAUAAUCCUAAAAAAGAAAGCCAGUUAAAACCAAAAGUGGGUGCAGAUUGGCUCGGAGUAUUUCAAGAGGAUACUGAAGUAGAUGGGGAUGAUGGAGACAUGCCUGCUUGGUUAGUUGGGGGAGAUAAAAAGAAAAAAACUGAAAAGAAACCGAAAGACGAUAUAGAGAAGAAAGAAGUAAAAGAAGAGAGUAAUGUAGAAAACAAAACCGAACAUCAUUUAGAAUCAGAGAAACCUAGAGCCGUUCUUGCAGAAAAAUCAUCAGACUUAUCACCACCGACUAUAAUUCAAGCUAAUAAUGAGGACAUUACAGCUGAAGGGGCAACUCUGUUUUUAAAACAGCAAGACUCUCAGCUAAUGUUGGCUUUGCAGCUGAAAGCACAGGAAGAGAAGCUUGCCGCCAUACAAUUGCGUCAACAAGAAAGCCAGAGGGUGCAAAAACAAGCCGCGAUGGCUCACCACGCACAGUUGAAUGCUAUGUUGCAGAAGCAAGCAGAGAACAGAUCACAAAUGCAAACUAUCAUAAAUGCUCAUCAAGAACGCAUAAACCAGAGGAUAAAGGCCCUCUUGGGAACUCAGGAUACGAUCGAUGAAGAAGGACACGCUGAUGGAGCUUUCGAAAUGAAUGUCGGUGACGGUAAAGAAACGCCUCAACGUAAGGAAAACAAACAGCUUUUGCAAUUGAUUCAGUCUCUGCAGGAGAAUCACGAUAAAGAAAUUGAUUUGAUGGAAACGUCUUAUAGACGCCAACUAGCGUUCUUGGAGCUAUCGGUGCAUCAAUCUGAAGAGCGAAUGAAGGAGGAAAGCGAUAAACUGGUUAAGUUCUAUUCGGAGAAGAUCGGCUGGCUAGAGGAACAUCACUUGCUAUUCAAGAAGAUGACUGAGGAUAAUUUGAGUGCGUUAACCGAUAGGCAUAAAGCUGAGAACGACAUGCUGAGACACCAGCAUUUGGACAACGUAAGGAUCUUGCAGGAACACCACACCGCCCUUAUGGAAAAUAUCAAGAAUGCCGUGAAGCAGGAGCAGAUCCUUAUUAAGGAUUCUGUUUCGUUCUCGUCUGAUUUAAGUGAUUUAGUGGCGGAAGUCAGGGAGACUAAAACUAACUGUCAAUUACUUGUUAAUAAAGUUGAAACUUUAUCUGAAGCCAAUCGCCAUGAUACCGAAAAGAGUUUGCAAACUAGAGAGACUCAGAUUAAUGAUAUGUUACAACACUUGAAAAGGGAGCGGGAAAAUUUCGAUAUCGAAAAGAAUGAAAGUCGAGAUAUUGUUAGAAUGUUGGAAGCAAGACUAAAACAAAUGACGGCGACGCUUGAAGAAGAAACGGCAUUAUUAAAACAGAAGAGAAUGGAAUUUGAAUUUGAAAAAGCGACAUUCAAUAAGCAAACAGAAUUCGCUAAGAACGUUCUGAAGAAACAAGACGACGAAAUAAAAACGCUUAGGGAAGACAUCCAAAAAGAAUACCAGGAGAAGAUCGCGAAGAUAGACGAGGAAAAGGUUAAGACGUUAAAAGAUAGUAGCGCGGUAGCAAAAGAUAAGGCAGCCGUGCAGAGUUUAAAACAAGAACUUGAGAAAAUGAAAGCGGAACUGCAAGCGCAACUUGAAGAACUGACUGAGGAGAGAACUAAGUUGAAUGUUGAAAAGCAACAAGUGCACAUGGAGGAACAGAGAACAGUGGCCAAGAGUCGUGAUCUGGACUUGCUAGCCAAAACGGCGAUUGAGAAGCAGUCCCAAGCCGACAAGAAAUAUUCUGAGGCGGAGUUCUUACAGAGAAAAUACGAGGAGCGAAUACGGAGGAUACAGGAGCAUGUGGUUUCGUUGAACGCCCGCGAGAAGCAGAUCGCCAGAGAGAAGGUGGCUCUGUCCAGAGAAAGGCUGAACUUGCACAACGAGAGGAGGCAGAUCGAGGGAAAGCAGUGUUCUCUGUGCAAAUCCACCCAAAACUUACCUUUCAGUUUAGAAACUAACUAUAACGUGCCAGAUUCGUACCUUAAUGUAUCGGUUUCGAGGGAUCCAACGAAGCCCAACGUGAGCUCGGCCAUGAACGCCAUCGAACAAGAGAUGGCCCAUUUGAUGAGUGCUAAUUUUAGUUUAAGACACACUCCCGGUGUUAGUGACGUAAGUGAAGUUAAUAGGUUUGUUGGGGGCGAAGCUCUCGAUGGUACAAUACAAAAUGCUGAAUCUCAAUUGGGAUCUGGAGCUUUUAAGGAUUACAUGGACCCCAAGUUCAUGAUGUUACGUUUGGACGUUCAGAAAGUAUUGAGUAAUAUUGAUCAAAGUAAAAAUGGCGAUAUUAAAUACGGUCAUUCCGAUGAAGACUAAAUGUGUGUUCAAUGUAUAAACAAAAUAAAAGACUGAAUUUUA